AUGGGAGGAGGAGGAGGAGGUGGUGGUGGAGAUUCAAAGACGACGCCGCGGUGGUGGUGCAGCGACACCACGAAGGCGUACGGAGCCGUGGUAUUAACCCGGCUGAUCAACGCCGGAAUGUUCUUGGUGUCGAAGGCGGCGUUCGACGGCGGCCUAAACCCUGCCGUUUUGGUCUUCUACCGGCAAGUCUUGGCCACCCUCAUCCUUGCUCCUCUUGCCUUCCUCCUCGAAUGGUAUAUAUAA